AUGUUGAAACCCUUGCCACAGACACCAAGUCAAGCUGGCUGCGCUUUCUUGGCCAAGACGGACUUGUCAAGCCACGAACGCUUGCUCCGCUCGCCGCUCGUGCAUCAGUCGCCGCUUCCAGCUGGGCUGCCGCACAAGCCAAAUGGCGUUCCGAUGACGCAGCAGAUGAGGGUUGGUGUCGCCAUGCCGGACCAUACCACUGCUGCACUUGAAGACUUUCCCAUUUCCUCGGCCUUGUCACCAACCCUCAGCAAAGGAUUUGGCUCACACCCACGCCCGCAAGCAACGUAUUGCAGCCCAGCCAUGAGGAAGACGGUCAGACAGUGCAUGCUGCGAUGGCGCGGGGUCGCCGCAGUUGGUUUGGCGCUGACUGGAGUAACAGUGGUGCUGCCAAAGCGCUCGAGACCAGGCACAGGUGUGGUCUGGAAGUCGUCAGUCUAUCGCUUCGGUGUUGCAGCGCCGGCAGGUCGUUAG